CACCAGCGUCACGCCUCCGGACGCGCCCUUCUCCGCUCCCCUACAUCCAUCACCUUCACCUAGCUAAGUAGCACCUCACUCGUCGUACGUGUGUGGCCAUCCCCAGCAUUCUGCUGCGCUCGCCGCCGCGUGACAUCGAUUCCGACGACGUACGUACGUGCUGCAAAGGAUUACGGCACGCCGGCAGCCCAGCAGCGAGAGGCUGCGUACGACGAUGAGCACCGGGAAGGCGUCCCAGCUCUACCACGUGCGCACUCUGGCGCGUACCAGCAAGGUGCUCGACCUGGACUCCUCGCCGGCGUUCCGGUCCCGCGUCUCCGUACCGUUUCUCUGGGAGGAUGCGCCGGGGCAACCCAAGCUGCGUGCAGCCCGGCCGAGCGCUCUCUUGCUCCCUUCCGCGAGACCAGCGCCACUUCUUGCGACUGCCGGAGUAGCCGGCGACGGCGAGGACGGUCACGGUGCCCAUGCGCGCCCCGUGCUGCUCAAGCUGAAGCUGCCGCCGCGGCUGCAAGCGGCAGAUCACCCGCUCUCCUCCCCCAAGACCGUGCUCCAGGGCCCCUCCUACUUCGGCGGCGGCGGCAACAAGCCGCCGAGGCCGCUUAGGAGGACCGGGAGCGCGGCGAGCUGUCGUCGCGGCGGCGGGGGCCUCUUUGUCUGGAGGAAGGGCGCGGCAACGGCGACGGCAUCAGCGGGCAGCAAGGAGGGCGGCCACUGUCAGCUCUACGCCGUGCCUCCGGACGCGUCUUGCUGCUCGCCGGCGGCGUCAUCGGCGUCCUCCUCGUCGUCUUCGUCCAUGUCCUACUUCUUUGAUGACCACAGCCACAUGCAGGCCGAUGGGCGCGAGGACUCGGAGGAUGGCGACGACGGCGCCAAGGGGACGGUGAGGAUCACCAGGUUUAGGAGGAACAAAAGCCUUCCCACUAUGUCCACAUCGCAUCUCUGGGCCAACAUCCGCAAGGGCGUCAAGCAGAUUAGUCCAUGGAGCUCCAAGCCUACAUAGAGGGAGCAUCACUGUACGGCUGACAGAUAAAGUAUUGCUAAAAAUGCAGCUGCUUUAUGUGCCCCAACAUGUUGCCACUUCAGUGCAACAAAGGUAGCAACCAUGUACGCACUUUAAUAUAUAUGGAUGAUUAUGUAUACCUAUUGCAAAUUUAACGCAAUAAAGGUAGCAACAUUGUAUGUGUGCUUGCGGUUAAUCGUACUAAAGCAAGGCUAAUAGCAUAUCCAGUUGAUGUCUC